GCGAGCAGGGGGAAUUCCGUGGUGGCUGUCUUUGGCUAAAGUGAAACUCAAACAGCUGGUUGUUCAGAUUACCCUUCGGACCAACACCGUCCGUCUCUGACCAUGUAUAAAAUAGGCUCAAAAUGCCUUCGACGACUGCCCGAGUCCUUCUUCUUGGCGCUAUACUUACCUGGCGAGUUACAAACACCGAGUUCCCUACCGAUUAUCGCGGCCUAUUCGUACCAUGAUGGUUUACACCACAUCAUUUGGCCUUGCCACGGUAUUGCUUUGCAUUUUCGGCUGGGCCAAUGGCUUGCCCUCGCCAAAUCUCGACGCCGCGCACAGCGAGCUGCUGGGCCUCCGUGAUUCAGUCGGAGCUGCUGCAAACGACUACCACUGGGUAGCCUCUUGGACAUCGAUGCCACAACUCGUUGAGUCGAGUAACAUGCCACCAUCGCCCUUUUCCAGCGGCGGAGUCUUCAAAGACGCCACUCUCCGUCAGACUCUCUACCUCUCUCUUCCUGCCGACCGCAUCCGCCUACAAAUCAGCAACACCUUCGGGGGCUCUGACCUACCCAUAACCGCCGCCACCAUCGCCCUCCCCACCUCAGGCAAAGCCGGGGUCUCCGGCAUCGACACCACCACCCUGAAGCCCAUCACCUUCAAAAACGGCAGCGAAGGCAUCACCAUCCCGCGCGGCCAAGUAGCCUACACGGACCCCAUCGACUUCAGCGUUCCCGGCCAAGCCAACAUUGCCGUAUCGCUGUACUUCAAAACCGGUCAAAGCAGCAGUAGCAUCACCGGUCACCCGGGUUCACGCACCACCAGCUGGAUGGUCUCCGGCAACAAGGCCUCGGAAGCCAGCAUCACCGGCGGCAAGGACACCAAGCACUGGUAUUUUCUGCCAGCCGUCGAAGCCUGGAAGCCCACUUCCUCAAACUCUUCCGCCUUCACUAUCCUCGGCGACAGCAUCACCGACGGGCGCGGCAGCACCGACGACGCCAACAACCGGUGGCCCGAUUUGUUGUUAGCGCGCAUGCAAAAGAACGGAAUCAACCACAUUGGCGUCAACAACCAAGCCGCGGGCGGCAACGCCGUGCUCAGCGGCGGACUUGGGCCCACUUUGCUAAGCAGGUACAAGCGCGACGCGCUGCAGCAGCAAGGGGUGAAAUACGUCAUGAUUUUCGAGGGGGUCAACGACAUUGGCGGCGGCGGGACGGACAGUGAGAGUCAGAAUGGGAUUGGCAACCGCUUGAUAGACGCGUAUAAGCAGAUUGCGAAGGAGUGUAAGAGCGCGGGGAUUAAAGUUAUUGGAGGCACGAUUACGCCGUUUGGAGGGAAUGGACAGAGUUAUAGUAAUCCGGCGAGGGAGCAGACGAGGAAUAAGGUUAAUCAGUGGAUUUUGAAUAGUAGUGGGGGACAACUGGAUGCGGUGGUGGACUUUGGGAAGAUUAUUGGCGAUCCGAGUGUCAAGAGUCAGUUGGCGAAACAGUUUGAUGGCGGGGAUCAUUUGCAUCCGAAUGUGGCGGGGUAUCAGGCUAUGGCUGAUGGGUUCCCGCUGGAUUUCUUUAGCUGAGGAAGGCGCGGAGGUGGGGGACGAGGAUGGGAGUGAAGGGGUUUAGGGUGGAAGGUGCGUUGCCUGGAGGAUGGGAAGGGAAAGUACGAGUUGGUAAAGUUCUGGUCACGGGGUGAAGACAUGGAAAGAAAAAAAAAGCACAACUUGACGAACUUGGAGCAAGUCCAGGAAGUUGCUCUCGAUGAGAUUUUCAACUUCCAAUCAACUCUUGCUCAGAAAAGCAGACCCAAGAGCAUAAAGUUGGGACGGAAAGAAAUGAGUCCUUGCCCCCAUUCACACAACUUCCCCUCACGAUACCACCGUCAAGGUGCUGCCCACUUCGCCUAUCUCAG